CCUACCUGUAAGUUAUCAACUGCACUGGACACCAGCCAAAGGCCGGUGUACUGCAUGGGGUCCAAUGGCCACAAUGCAGACGUGGAACUUUUUCGUCAAUUCCUGCGCAUCCGAAGUGUGAGUGAUGAAGGGCCUGCAGGAAACUAUUCUCAGGCUGUGGCGUGGCUGGAGCGUUUCUGUCACAAGAUUGGCCUGAAAACUCAGCACGUGGAACCUGUGAAGGGAAAACCCGUGCUGUUGGCUACCUGGCAUGGUACCAAACCCCAGCUACCAGCCCUGUUGCUGAACUCCCAUUAUGAUGUGGUUCCUGCCAUGGAGGAGUUCUGGACAGUGGACCCUUGGGCUGCAGAGAUUCAGGAUGGGAAGAUUUAUGGCCGAGGGACUCAGGACAUGAAGUCUGUGUGUGUUCAGUACCUUUUAGCCAUUGAGCGCUUGAAGAAGAAGGGCUUCACACCGCAACGCACGGUGCAUCUGAGUUUCGUCCCCGAUGAGGAGAUUGGUGGAGUUGAUGGCAUGGGAAAGUUGCUGCAAACUCCCGAAUUUGCCGCCUUGGGUACUCUGGGCUUAGCCCUGGAUGAAGGUUUGGCAAAUCCAGGCGAUGCCUUCACGGUUUUCUAUGGUGAGCGUCUUCCAUGGUGGAUCCUAGUACGUGCCUCCGGUCCGACAGGUCAUGGAUCUCGUUUCAUCAAAGAAACUGCGCCGCAGAAAUUGCUGCGAGUGGCUGAACGUGCUCUAGCUUUCAGGCGUGCGCAGGAGGAGUUGUUGGGUCAUGAUCAGCAUGGCUGCAAGCAUGGUACAGCCAAGAAGCUGGGAGAUGUGACCACCCUAAAUCUGACGAUGUUGCGUGCUGGAGUCUCAAAUGACAACGGCAAGACUUUUUGUAUGAAUGUGAUCCCAACAGAGGCGGAAGCCGGCUUUGAUGUGCGCAUCACCCCAGAUCUGGCCCCCAAGGAUUUCCAAAAAUUGCUGGACAAGUGGUGCGAAGAAGAAGGGGUCACCUGGCAGUUUGCUCCAUGGACCAGACCGUUGCAUUCGCAUUUUAUGACUGCCGCCGAUGACUCCAACCCGUGGUGGGUGGCUUUCCGUGAUGCCAUGGCUGCCAUGAACCAUGAGCUGGAACCUGAGGUUUUCCCAGCUGGUACAGAUUCGCGAUUUCUUAGGGAGCUGCAGAUCCCAGCCCUGGGCUUUUCGCCCAUGAAGAACUCGCCCAUCCUUUUGCAUGAGCACAAUGAGUAUCUUUCGGUGGAUGUGUUCCUCGCAGGCAUUGAUGUCUAUGUGGGCUUGGUGGAGCAGUUGGCCUCCAAGGAUACCCUACCGGGCGAGGAGGAGCAGCUAAAACGUCGCAAAGUGAAUCGAUGAGCACUGCAGACCCCACCGGUGCUAGGACAAAAA